UGGUCGGAGUUCUUGUUCGAGCGAAGUGUUUGGGAAGCUCUGUUGUGUACUGUGAUUAUCGCGUAUUUUUAGGUCAUCUUUCAGUUUGGGUGCUUCCUGCGGCCUUCGUCACCUCCAACACCUACUAUGAACAGUGAAACAUGUUCAAGAAGAACGCCACAUCGUCGGAUGUAAAGAAGAGUCUUAGCAAAUGUCUGGAUACUAAGCGAGAUACGCCCACCCGUCUUAAACAUCUGCGGACUGUCUUGGACAACACAGAUGCUGGGGAGUUGAAGUCUUUCUUAGAUACUAAUUACAGCCCAGUUUUUCAAGUCUUCUAUGAAGCAUUCAUCAUCUUCGAGGGAAAUCUAAAACAAAAAGGAACAUUUGCAGUACAGAAAAGUCAUAAAGAGGAUCUAGAGUGCUCACUAUAUGUCUUGGACCGCCUUCUUUGCCUUCUACCAGAGAGAUUUGAGAAGCGAUGGCAGUGCAAUGCCCUUACACACAUUUUCAAAAAAAUCCUUCACCCUGGGAACAUUGUGCGGCUACGGAGAGAUGCCAUGCGAUUAUUUGUGAUCUGGUACAUGAUUGUUGGAGAGUCGAAAACGCCAGAAAUGGAUCGCAUGUUUGCUUCAUUGGUACCAGGGUUCCCAGUUCCACCUCCUUCAUCCCUUCCCCCUGACCUGGGCUAUGGGGGAGUUACAAGUUUGGAACCAUCACCAGUUAUCCCUCCACCCAGCACAGAGAAAACACCACCAGAUGAUCUAUCAUCAUAUCUACUUAGGUCACUUUUAGACUUCAUGGUUACACAGGUACGAAGGAUUGAGUGGCAAGAUCGUACACUGCACAGCAAAUCAUUUUCGUACCUGUUUAACAUGUUCCGAAUGUGGUACAUGCCGCAUAUCUUCCCUAGUUUCAUUUCUUCGAACUCCCUGUAUAAACCAAAUCUAGAGUUACCAGAACUUCGUAGCAGCCCAGGAUUAAGCCCCUAUGGCACUUGUCAAGUGGCAGUCGUGGAGUGGGUGCGGAAGUUUGUCAUAUCUACCUCACAGCGCAGUGCACAAUCGGUGUCAUCUGUAGGGGAAGAAGAUGGUCGACGUUCUGGUCAUGGUGAUGCGCAAGAAGGAAGCACCAGUGACCAAGACUCCAUCACAUCAGCCUUUUAUGUCACUGAUGAAGGGAGCUCAAAUGAAGAUGGUAUCAUGGUUCGAGACAUCAUCUUUUCAUCACGGGAAAACAUUAACUUCAUCCACGAACUGUUUCGUCAGGCUUUAUGUCUCAGUUUUCGCUAUGCAUCAAUCAUGAAAACUGUCAUAUUUACAUAUAAAGACUGGAUACAAAUGAAUGCUCCUGAGAUGCCACCCUUUAUGUUGGAACCAUUGGAAGGAGGAACCAGUCCAAGAGAAGAUGCAGCAGUUGCACAAGAAAAUAACACACAGAGACGUUUGCGCAAUGAAUCUUAUCUUGGAGCUGUCAAUAAAGACAUCCAUAUUCGGGCAGGGCUUCAGAAUGUUCUACAAAUCUUCAUAACAAGUGCAGCAAACGUGUUCCUCCUGGAAGUUUCACCAGACUAUCCACGUCUCCUUGAUGAACAAGUAGAGGUGUGCAAGCAUGUACUGAAUAUCUAUCGAUACAUGGUCAUGAAUACUCGCAUGGAGCAGAAAACAUGGGAACAAUUACUAGUGGUGCUACUUCACGUUACUUCCCAAACUCUGUGUGGACGGCCCACCACGCACAAAGAGGAUUCCCUAGGGGGACGCUUUGCCUCGGCUCUUUUUCAGACUCUUAUUGUGUCAUGGAUAAAAGCUAACUUGAGCGUUGCCAUAUCUGGGGAGCUAUGGGACCAGCUGCUGCUAACUCUGGCGUCACUCACACACUGGGAUGAGCUGAUCAAGGAGUGGGCGAAAACAUUGGAUACUCUAACACGUGUGCUGGCUCGACACGUGUAUGGUCUAGAGCUCAAUAAUCUUCCUUUGGAGCGUGUGACAGAACGUCGUUUAAUUAAAAGGGGAACCAAAUUAACAGGACUAGAUUCUGUCAGAAGCAGUUUUGCUCGAAGUUGGAGUAGUGUUCGUAUGGAACGUCAGGUUCAUGCUCCAGAUAAUCACAAUGCUGGGCCUUCUACACUGUCUCACCUACAGGAGGAGUCACAGGGAGACAAUGUUAGCACCCAAGGGAGCAGCGAUCGCAGUCCAUUUUCCCGAAAGCGUUGUGGAAGCGUCGGCGGGGGGUCUCUCAAAGCUGGUGCUGGUGGCAAUGGCAGUAGUCCUAAACUGUCUCCACACCACCCUUCUGGUGACCACUCUCAUUCCUCACAUAGUCACCACCAUGAUCACCAUCUCCAUACACAUCACUCCUCCCACCCAGGACUUGGCAGACGACUCACACGCUCAUUGUCCGAGUCAAGUUUGAUAGUGAGGAGGAGACCAGGCCGAGCGCGUUCACAUGGCGAGUGUGAUGGUCACAUGAGCAGUCACCCGUUCUUGCACGGCACAAGAUCUAAAUCCCUGGAGACCCUUUCUCACGGAUAUGGGGAGGAUGACUCUCGUACACCCUCUCCAUCGCCAUCCUCAGGUGUUGAAUCGUCUUCUAUGAAGGAUUCUCCAAUGCAGAUUGAACUAGGGGGAGAUACCACAAGUAUAGAUACCUUGGAAGGAGGCUUAUCAUCUGAUCAGCGUUCAGUAAUGUCAGGUGGCAAUGUUCGUGGUUGGUUGCCAGAUGUUGCUGUUGUUUUAUGGCGGCGAGUCUUGGGCCUUCUUGGCGACCCUAAUGACGUAGCUUCUCCUGUUAUUCAUGCACAAAUAUUUAAAUAUCUCUUAGAGCUUAUGGAGACAUUGGUGAAGUUACGUAACAAUCAAAGUAUAUCUGUUGAUAACCAAAGCAGUCCCGAGCCCCCAGAACUUAUACCUCCACUUACACUAGUCGCUCCCUGGUGCUUCAGAGCUUUGACUUUGCCCCCCCAGUUUCAUCGGGGCAAGACGCUGGCGUAUCGAUUACUAUGCAUGAUGAUUGUGCGGCAGCACGAUCUACCGCCUCCCCGUGACAUACUCACACAUUUCUAUAGAAUAUUACACCAGGGUCUAGUUGGUCAAGACCAGGAAGUUAUUAGUACUCUGGUGGCAGAGUGUGGGCCGAGCUUCUUUUCCCUAGGUCUGCCAGGUGCUACAAUGCUCACUCUUGAUUUCAUCUUUGCCACCAACACUGUUAUCACAUCUCCUGAUACCAAAGUUCAAACUCCUAGACUGGAGGCCCUGAGUCUUCUAGGGUCCUUGCUGCCUCUGUCUUCACUGUACCCGUCCAUGCCAGUUCUCCAGCCUUCGGUGGCGGACCUGGCUCUUAUGAAUUGUUCUGAUGUCAAGGAUCAUUUAGUGAAUGUAUUGCUGAAGAGUGGUAAACGAGAUGGGUGGUGGCGGACGAGGUCACUGGCGCUGAGUACCCUGGCUAUUUACCUCUACCACGAACUUGCCCACCAAACAUUCCAUACCAAAGUAAACGAGGCAAUCAAUGUUCUGCUGGCAUCGCUGAAGCAAGCAGUAUCUUCACAGCACCCAGCCAAGCAUCUGGCCCAGAGUACUGAGAUUGGAAGAUUGGUUGGCCAAGUUGCAGCUGAUCUUCUCCUUUUGUUGUGCGACCAUGCUGAGGCCUUCCUCACCCACUACCCUGAUAUUCCCACCAGAAUUAUACAGGUACUGUGCCAAACCCUUGGGGCGAUUGGAACAGACAUGAGCCUCACCACCUGUUCUGAGGGAAAACAUCUUGUGCUUUCGUCCCUGUUUUGUCUGGCUGAGUGGGUCAUGCGCAUGCCACAACAAGUUCUCAUUAAACCGACUCAAGACAAGCAACCCCUACUGCAACAUGUGUUUCAGGUGCUGCAUGUUGUUGUCAGUGGGAAGAAAGGCAGUUAUAUCAGAUCACCAAUCCUAGAAGUGGUGGAUUUUGAUGGCUAUGUGCGAGAAGACAACAGCAGGAUGGGCAACAUGGAUUCCAGCAGUAGAGGAGACUCACUCAAGAGGUCAUCCUUCCCACCGACCUGCACCUCCACCAUCAAAUUGGCGGCAAAAUCAAUUACAAGCCAUAUCAUGAACCACCUGUGGCACUUCCCUCUGGGGGUAGGAGCUCAGCGCCUCUCAUCUAUGGUAGUGGAAGGAGACGAUGUUCCUGGGCUCUCUGGAGAUGAACUUUCCUCGGAGGUGUUUCUUUCCCCGCAUGUACAGCUCUUUGCACUUAACCAGUCAUGUCUGAUGUCCCUGGUACAGCUGCCAGCUCUCCAUGUCCCUGGUGGUGCUGCUACAGUGGGAUUUAAAACUCCAAAUUCAGAGGUGAGACUCAUCUUGCGGGACUUAUCAGGAAAAUUUUCUUGGGAUGCCUCGCUCCUGUAUGCUCCUCCAACUGAGUAUAUGCCUGAAUAUCCCACCCAUCACCAACAACCACACCAGCAACAGCAGCAGCAGCAACAGCAGAUACAGCCUCAAGCUCAGCAACAGUCAUCUAUCUCCCCAGGGGCUAGCGCAGUUCCGUCACCGUCACUAGUGACCAGUGGGGGUUACACUGGACUAGGGGUACAGUUCAGUUCUGCAGGGUGUGUGGGUCAUGUAGAUAAUCGGGAUGAUAACAUGUCCUCUUCAUUUGUUGUAACUUCACCGCCAAGACACACCGUUAGGCAUCGUCCUCCAGGUGUCCUUCCAACUCACGAAGACUCUGCAGAGGACCUUGACAACCUUGAUGAUUUGUUGAGUUACGUAGGGCACACAAGCCCUGAAGUCUUGGAGCAGUUUGGCCAUGCAUUAAAUGAAGCCAUUGGUCCUCCACCAACUCUUCCUAUUGAAGCCCAACACGAUGCCAUCUCAAGCAUCCUAAACCAACGUAAUGUUGAGAGCGAGCUCUUCAGCAGACACUCUACAGAACCCAACAUGGUUUGUCCGAGUAGUCACUGCCCAGCUCCAGUGGAGUCGAGAUCAGCAUUCCAACAAGGUCGACUUCUCUUCGAUCAGCUGGGUCUUGGCUCGUGGGAGAAGAGACGGUCUAUCUUCACUCUAAAGAAAAAUGAUAAACUUCUUCGAGAACUAAAGAAUUUAGACAACCAGAAAUGCCGGGAAACUCAUAAAUUAGCUGUGAUCUAUGUGGCUGAAGGCCAGGAAGACAAGAUGUCCAUUCUCAGUAAUAGUGGAGGAUCUGCAGGCUUUGAGGAGUUUGUAGCAGGUUUGGGCUGGGAGGUGGAGCUAGCAACACACACAGGUUUCCUUGGUGGCCUUCAACGCAAUGGAUCUACUGGGGAAACAGCUCCUUACUAUGCUACCUCCUUAACUGAAGUGGUUUUCCAUGUGUCGACGCGCAUGCCAUCAUUUUCGGAACAAAGCAUGCUGCAGAAGACUCGGCACUUGGGCAAUGAUGAAGUUCACAUUGUGUGGUCCGAGCAUACACGGGACUAUCGGAGAGGCAUCAUCCCAACGGAAUUCUGUGAUGUACUUAUUGUUAUCUACCCACUGCCUAACAUGCUGUACAGAAUACAGAUUUCUACUAAACCUGAUGUUUCGUUCUUUGGACCUUUAUUUGAUGGUGCGAUUGUGGGUCACAAAGUCCUGCCAGGCCUGGUGCGCAGUACAGCUGUUAAUGCUUCAAGAGCAAAACGUAGUCGCCUGGCCCUGUAUCAGAACUUUUAUGAAGAGAGAUCGCGGGCUCUAGACACUAUCAUAGAACAGUACAGCGAAGCCACAACCUUUGAAGCCUUUAUCUCCUCAGUGUACUGUCCCGUCUUCCCUACAUCCUUUACUUCGGGACCAACUCGCGCUUCAGGGACAUCAUUCUCCUCCCGGGUGUUUGAUUCUAAUUUAGGUGGUUUUGGUGGUGGCACAGGUGUCUCGGGUUUGGCUGCGGCUCUUCUAGAUGGGCCCCAGCUUCCCCCUGGUCCUCCUCAGCGUCCUCCUCUCACUCGCCCAACUAGCUAUUCUACGGGAGAGCAACAUCAUCUCCGAGAAAAAGCACGAAGUGUGUUUUUGAUGGACCACAUGAACAGUAAUGAUGACAACUUGAGUGGCUCCUCUCCGCGCGGUAACAAAAAACUAUCCUUCAAGACGCCGCGUAAGACCUCGGCUGCUGGUCCCUCAGCUGGAGCAGCGACAACCCCACCCGAGAGCCCCAUGCCGCCGCCACGUAGGCCAAAGGACAGUGUUCAUCAUGCAACGCCACGAAACAAGUAGCCACUGUAGGAGCCUCCACUCACAACUGAGGUUUAUUAAUGGUUUGUUUACAGUCGUGUGGCGUGCUGUGGUAUUCAAUAACUGCUUUAUAUACGUUAUAAGAUAUGCUGAUAUUGUUUCGUAGAACAAAUUCUCCCUUUAUAGUUUUUUUGUUCAUUCACAUCCACUGCCAGACAAAAGCAACCCAUAUAUAAUACAUUUAUGGUAAAUAUUCACUCAUGGCUUAAUGACAUUUAUAGAGUAAUGAAAUCUAAUACUUUGCAGAGUAAACAAAUAAACAUGUUUUAAGAGAUUUCUCCACCGUAAAAUCUAGUCAAAAGUUUCAUGUGCAAAUUGCUACUAGAAAAUGGAAAUGAGAUAAUGUUUUAGUGCUCAUAUUUUUGUAGUUAUUUGAAUGCACACACAUUCAUCUACAUUUGUAUGCACACGCAUUCAUCUACAUUACACAUACAAAUUCCCCCUUUUCCUCUCUCCCACCCUCUCUCCCUCCCACCCUCUCUUUCCUUUCCCCCCAACCUUCUCAGAAAAUUUAGUAUUACAAACACCUGUAAAAGCUAAAAAGUUCUAUAGAAAAACGAAGGCCUGAUUUCAGACUUCCUGAAAAGUGAAGGGAUGGGGGAUCACUAUAUAUGCUAAUAUUUCUUAUCGGCUGGCACUAGAGCUGACUCUGGCUGGCCUAUAAUGUUCCCAUUACCCCCUCCCCCAUGUAUCAUCUUGAAAAGUUGGAUGAGGCAAGCCACAAGUAUAAUGGCCGCUUACUUUGGAUGGACAGACAACAGAUCAAAUACACUGAUAGACACUCUCUUUUAUAAAUAUACUAUUGUACAGGCUCCACCCCAAAUCUCUUCCCCUCUUCCUUCCCUCUCCACCCUCUCUCCUCCUCUCCUCUCUUCCUCCUUCCCUCUCUCCCUCUUUCUCACCCCCCUCUCUCCUCCCUUCCUCUCCCUCAGCCCAUCUUCUCAAGUCAUCACAAUAGACAGAAAAUGGUGUACUAAAACGAUGGGACCUAGCCUAUGGACCGUGCAUGGAAAACGUGAAUAUUUGUGACCCACUGAUUUAUUGUACCCCAUUAUUUGUCUAUUUGGGAUUUUGAUGUCAAAAUGUUAUGCGAGAGGAAGGGUUGCUCCCUCUCCUUUUUCCCCCCUCUCUCUCCCCCUUUCUCCCCCUUUCUCCCUUCUCUCUCUCCCCCUUUCUCCCUUCUCUCUCCCCCCUUU